UUGUCUAUUGGGUGUGCGAUGAUUGUGAGGAGAAUGAACUCACUAGAAUGACGAAUUCUGAUGUUGUCCCACCUGGAAAUGAUUUGGUAGAGCAUAGUCAUGCUGUACAACCUGUUCAUGAUCCUAUUUGGAGAGGUUGCUAUAACAUAUGGAACAACAAAGAGUAUGUGACGCUUAAUGGAGUUGUGGCUCACCUCUCCGUCAAAGCAAGCCAAACGGUUUCUGAAAAAGCAAAGCUACUUGCACUUUAUCUUCACUUUGAAAUGGUUCCAAAAUCCUAUUUGUGGCCCAAGUGUUUCAACACAUCAGAGGCUACUGAUGAUGAUAUUGAAUUAUAUUUCUUCCCUUCGGAAGCAAGACACAAGCAGGAAUUUGAUCGUUUGGUUGAAGAUAUGAUUGGUGGAGAACAUGCUCUCCAAGCUUUUACGCCAUUUAGGGAGCUGUUGGUUUUCACAUCCACAGAACUGCCCCUGCGUCACUGGAGAUACCAACAGAAAUACUAUCUAUGGGGCGUUUUCAGAGCGACGCAUGGUUCUAGUAGCCGUAAAAUGAUAUCAAACGGAAUUCAAUCUGGGAUGGUACGUCAAACUCCUGAGACUUUAUUGGCUAACCGAGAUAAGAUAAACGUUGAUAACAAUAGCACCCCUACUGAGGUAGACACACCAAUUAUGACGGACGUUUUGAGACGAGGCAAGAGGAUCAGAAAAAUUGCUAGGUUGGCUGACUAUGAUUAUAAUCAAGAUUAAAAGUUAGGUUGUAUUACAGUUAGCCAAAAGGACAAGGGAAUCAAUAUCAACUUCUUUCUCUACAUUUGACUGGAAGUGAAAAUUGCGAUAGGCAAAAGUUUCGCUUUUAUUCACUAUGUUUCU